GAUUGUUUAUGUGGAGUGAGGGCGUUCUGCUGUCGGAGUUCCGUCGGUGCGGGAGCAGAGCCGUGCGCUGGUUUUGCCGUGCGGGGAGGUGCCCAGAGCGCUGCCCCUGCUCCCUCCGGGCUCUCCCGGCGCCGCAGAGCCCCGCGGCGAGAGCCCUGCACCCCCGAGCGCGGUGGGAGCGGUACUGCUGAGACCCUGCCGGGGGGAAGGCCUAUUUGGAUAACAAAAUGAAACCUGCAAAGCUGCACUUUUGGAUUUUGGGUUGGUUUUCCGUGGCACUAUGUUGUUGGUGUACUUCAGAGACAUUUACUCAAAGUGACAUCCGCUCUCAUCCAUGGAAAAAGCUGUAUUUUGCUCAUCAUUGGCCAGUGACUGUAUGCAAGAUGAAUGCUAAUGAUUGUCAUGACCCGCCAAAGUACUGGACAAUCCAUGGAUUGUGGCCUGACAGAGCUGAAGACUGUAAUAGGACAUGGCAUUUCAAUGUCACCGAGAUCAAGGAUAUUUUGUCAGACAUGAGACACUACUGGCCUGAUGUGCUUCAUUCGUCUCUGAAUCGCACCCAGUUCUGGAAACAUGAGUGGGACAAACAUGGCACUUGUGCAGCCACACUUGAAGUCCUUAAUUCUCAGAAAAAAUACUUUGGUAAAGCCUUAGAACUCUACCAGCAUAUUGAUCUCAAUGGUUGUCUCUUGAAAGCUGGGAUAAAGCCGAGCAGUUCAUAUUACAAGAUGCCUGCUAUAAAGGAAGCUCUUACAAGAUUUUAUGGUGUAACACCAAAGAUCCAAUGCAUUCCUCCAGAAGAGGGUGAAAAAGCACAAACAAUUGGCCAGAUUGAAUUCUGCUUCACCAAAGAACUGCAGCUGGUAAACUGUGUGGUGCUGGAGGGUGAAUCCAACCCAAUGCAGGCACACUUCAAGCUUGGAACUUCGGAGCUGUCGGUCUGCAAUGAUACUCUCCCAACCUAUUAUCCUUCAGAGGUCCAAGGUCACAAAUGAAGCCAUAAGAGUUUGAAAAACUUUUAAACAGCAACAAAAUCCAAACUCAUGUAAUAUUACAAGCCCCUGUCCAUAUCACAAGUCUACAGGGAAGAUUUCUGCUGGAAAACAUGGUCCUUUUGCUAUUAAAGAGAGUGGUCCACAUGGUGGAUCAGCAUCAGA